AUGGGCUUCGAGCCUCCUCUUAUCCCAACAGCAUCUGAUAACAACGAUGCCUCGCAACCUUUUAACGACUUUAAUCAAUCGACAUCCACUUCAGACUUGCCUGAUGACGAUGACUUGGUGGACAAACUGUUUCGUGAAAGCAUGCAAGAUAUGCACCAACAUCAAGCAAUGGACACUGCUAUCGACAUUAAACAACCUGACAAUUCAUUGCACAUGCUGUUAUCAUCACCACCUCCCAUGAACGCGCCAAUGGUCAAUCGAAAACGAUCAAGGUCACCCGAAAAGAUUGAACAGGCAUCUUCAUCAUUUGUGCCUGUCGAGCAGCCAACACAGCAGCAGCCAUCGACACUUCACAACGACCCUUCAGCACAGGUGCCUCAGUCUACGUACAGUCAGAGAUUGACAUCCCAUUUGUUAUCAGAGUUUCAGCAGAGACCGUUGCCACCAGCACAACAGCAGCCACCAGCACUUCAGCAACCUCAGCAACGUCCACUGUUACUGCAACAGCAUUUGCAAGCUAGACAGCCAUUGCCUGGACAGCAGAAUUUACCUCGUGGGCUCCCUGCGCAGUCCAUGGCACAGCAUUCUCAACCGUCUCAUCAGCAACACCCACUACUACCACCACAUCAAGCACCUCAGCAUGGCACACCCACGCUGGCACCCAUCAAUAAAGUGCAACCACCACCACAGCAGCAGCAACCACAGCAACGUCGUCCUGGUCCAUAUUAUACACCAGGACCUGCGCCACAGCCGCCCUUCUUUUCUCAUCAAAAUACAUUUAUGCCAAUGGCUCCAAUGCAACACAGCACGCCCAUUCGACCCUCUACACCACCCACCAUUACUAAUAACUUCCAAAACAAAAGCAAUAUAGCACCCGUGAAUCCAGCAUUUCAACAUCUCAACAUGUCACCGCAUCAUCAAAAGCUAGACAUCUUACCAAAGCAACCAUACCAAAUUCCCAACCCUCGCCAAGCACAAGCAUAUCCUCCCAACUCUAUCUCAGAGCCUAUGAUGAUCAAUGCAUCGCCAUCUCCUCCACCGCAGCCGCGACCCUUAGCACAGCCUCCACCACCACAACCACCAAUGAGAAGUGCCACCACCAUUGUAUUAAAGACACAAUCAGCUGCGCAGAAGGCAGCAGCCAUUCCACCUAGACCUCAACUCAAGUUGCACUUUACUCGGCAUGGAUUGGAUUCUACAAUAUUUGAUGAUCCAACAGAUCCCAUGAAGCCUGAUCUGGACAUCAUGUCGUUGCGAAAACUCACGGUGGCUACAUUGUGCACAUUGAAUGUCAAUAUAGCGUUGGAAGAGUUGCCAAAGGUUGACAUUGAGGAGCCAUUGUCUACGGAUUCACACCAAGUCUUGCCUGCUGCUGCCAUGCAAGUCAUCACGAAAAUGGUACUGGGUACCUCGGGUGACAAAGAGGUUGCACAGACUCUCGCCUCUCAAAUCUCAAAUGGUGAUCUGGUGGCUUUUCAGCGGCUCAUUGUAGCCGGCCUUCGCAGUAAGAAUAUCGUAAUCCAUACAGUGCUGAACGAACAGACCUCCGCCAACGACGGCACCAAGAGAUCAGCCUCACCAGACGACACCGUCAUUGAUCUCACACAUGUCAGAUACGAACCACCUCACAAUGUGACAAGAUUGUUUUUGAGACUGUAUCGCUACAUACUCAAUAUGCUGCUCUCAACGCCGGAUUGCUGGCCCUUUAUUCAGCCUGUGCCUGAAACAGCCUUUCUGUACCAUCAGGAGAUCAAAAAUCCCAUGGAUCUAUACACAAUUGAAGAGAACAUUUGGCGUGGAAAGUAUACCAAGUUUGCGAGAUUUGAGAAUGACAUGCAGCGUAUAUGGAAGAAUGCCAAACUGUUUCAUCGAAGUUCUGGCACCAUUCCACGACACGCAGAGAAUUUGGAGUCUUUGUUUACAAAGAUUGUUAUGGAUAUCAAGCGACAGAAUUCCAAAAACAAGCCAGCAUCCGGUCCUCACGAUUUCCAGUUUGAUCCAACAAACACACUGCCCGAGGAAUCCGACUUUUCAUAUCCACCCAUAGAACAGGUCUUUUCAGAAACAAGCACUGUAUAUACAAUUUCUGCUCUCUCUCCACUAGAGCCCAAAGCCCGAAAAGCAGGAUUGAAGGACGAGAAUUCACUCUACUUGCAAUUGAAUGGUCCAUUUUUCCAAGCUGUUGAACGGAUGAAGUCAGAUUUGGAUGGCAAUCAUCGCCUCGUACCUCGAUUUUACAUUGCAAAGAACCGCACGCUGCUUCGUCAAGUGCGCUCUCAAGGCGUAUUGGCCAUCUUUUACAACACCAAAACCACCCGCGUGCGUCACAGCAAGAACAUUCGUAUCGAAACCGACAUGGUAUUAGCCUACCCAGCAAGCGAAUUUUACGACUUGGAUCAGAUCAACGAAUGCACCGUCGAUUUCUCGCCCAAGGGUUGGAUUCAUUUACGUCCCUUACGAGUAGUCAACCGCAUUUCAUUUGAAGCCAAUGACUACAUUGAUCGAGACUACUUUAGACGUAUGUUUGCUACAGCCAAGAUGGCUACCGAUGACAAGAAUGGACAUCACAAUGCAGAAACCAAGAUUUUGUUAAAGCGCAUCGUGCGACAAAUUCUGGGACUGCCAGAGAAACACGACAUUGAUAUACCAGAGACACCCGUUAAAUCAAAGCCCAUCAUCAAGUUGCAUACAUUUGUCAAAGGUGACGAUCACCGACCCAUUAUUCAGCAGCGCAUGCUCAAGACAAAAGAAGAAGAGGCCAUGGAAGCAGAUGAAGGUUCUGAUGAUGAGAAGCCCUCGCCUAAAUCGAUCGAUGUCAAGUCGCAGCAGAUCAGCAAGUCAAAUAUACCCACUAUUUCAAACGAGGAGCGUCUAGGCACAAGAGAGGUGAAUCACGAAGUGUGGAGAAAGUUGUUUGAUGUCUGCACUCGUAAAGGCAUUUCGAUUCGCAACAUCACAUCACAUGGAAACAUCAACUGGAAUUCACCUGAUUCUGAGGGUUUCUUCAAGAGAGUCUACUUUUUUGACAAUAUCGUGGUACAGGCAUUUAGACAAAUGACCAUGUAUCAGCGUAUAACUGAAGUGGCAUGCUUAAUGAAAUUGAGAAAUUUACCUCACAUGGCUCAAAUGAGAGAGAUUUUGUUCAAUGAUAAUGGCGAUGUUGCUGGCUUAUCCAUGGAAAGAUACCAAACUACACUCAAAAGAUACGCUCAUGUUCAUUCGCAUCAUCGUUUAUCAGCAUACCAAAAGUACGAUGUCAUUUAUCAGAUGCUGCUGUGUAUGAAAACCAUCCACAAAGCUGGGCUCGCGCAUAGAGAUUUGUCAGAAGUCAACAUUAUGCUCAAUACAUUGGAGGGACAAUUCUUGGAAGAUGGCAGCGAAAAGGUGUAUUUGUAUUUGAUUGAUUUUGGUAAAGCCGUAUUCUGUGAGUCUACUGACGUGCGCGAUUGGUUUGUGGAUGUACCUCGAGCGGAUUGGGAAUAUGAUGGCGAUGUCGUACCUGAGACCAAGGAAGAAUUGGAUGCAUGGUGCGAGUCCCUGCCUUGGGUCAAGGGCAAGCCAGACCACGGUUACCGCAUGUACAGAUCUAUUCAAACAUUACCCAAGACAAGAUCCGACAACCAGGUACUUCCUUGGUUGAUUCACCCACAGGCUGAAGACAUUUAUUCAAUCGGCGUCAUGAUUUGGAAAGUAUUCACAGACACAGAACCAUGGCGUGGCAUUCUGGAAACAGAUUUGCAGGGUUUGCGUUACGUAGCUGAGGAUGAUUAUCGCAUUCAGAGAGCCCUAGAAGGAGAAGUCCAUGGUGAAUUGAGUCGCCAAUUGCUGUUGAAAUGCUUGAAAACCAGACCCCAGGAUCGUGAAAAUGCCACAGACAUUUUGGAUUGGAUCUGUCAGGACAAUGUGCGAGAAGGCUUGAUUGGUGAAUGGAAAAUGUAUUCUUCAGAUACAAGAGGCAGUAGAAAAACAAAGAGCUUUUACGGAUUCGAAGAUACAGGCAUCGAGGAAGAAGAAAAAAAGAAACCUAGACGAAAAGCAAACACGCCGGGAUCCAAAGGAAGAGGCCGACCUAAACUCAACAAGGAUACCUAA